GGCACUAGCUAAUAGUAGUUAGCGCUUCACGAUUUUGCCACACACGUACAACAGUUGUAAAUGACCAGAGGUACUGUAUUGAUUUUUGGAACACCAUAUGAACUUUUGAAGUGUGACAGCUGCUAAUGGGGAAGAGGAAGGACAUGAUGAUCCAUCCACGGUACCUUAUAGGAGACCGGGAUGAGGUAGGGGUCUAUAAUGCCCAUCGGAAGAAGCACAAGAAGCACAAGAAGCAUAAGAAGAAGCAUCACCGCGAGGAGAGCUACUCACCCGACGAAUCGGACUCUGGUCUGCCCAUAAUCAUCAAACCCCCACAACUCAAGCUGAAGAUUAAGCUGGGAGGGCAAACGCUGGGCACUAAAAGUGUGCCAACAUUCAGUGUGGUAUCGGAAGCCCCUCGUUCUCCUUCUCCUCUGAUGAUUGUUGAUGAUGGUGACGAUGACGAUGAUGAUGAUGAUGAUGAUGACGACGACGAAGACGACGAUGAUGAACCCUCAGAGGGAGUUCCCAUUGAGCAGUACAGAGCCUGGUUAGAUGAGGACAGUAACCUGGAGCCCUCGUCUCUGGGCGAGCUGGACUCGAGCUCCCUGCUCGGGCCCGUGGACGAGGAGGAGCGCUGGCUGGAGGCUCUGGAGAAAGGGGAGCUGGAUGACAACGGAGAGCUCAAGAAGGAGAUCGACGAGUCACUGCUCACCGCCCGACAGAAAGCGCUCCUGCACAAGCAGCAGAGCCAGCCCUUGCUGGAGCUGCCCAUUGGCCUGCAGGUGAAGGAGCCCACGGCGGAGAUGCUGCGCAAACGCGAGGAGCGUGCUCGCCAGCGCCGCCUGCAGGCCGCCCGCAAGGCCGAAGAGAGCAAGAACCAGACCAUCGAGCGUCUGACCAAGACCAGCAACAAGGCCAAGGUGCGCAGCGGCGUCCGUUGCGACAGGGAACGCCGCGGCAAGCACCAUGUCCACGCUCAGGUGCCCACCGUGUGCUACCGCAGCUCGGCCACCCACGGCGCCAGCAUCUCAUUCCCCGUGGGUGCGCCUCCGCGACCGGCGCCACCGCCGAGGCCGAGCUGUGGGGUGGACGGGUGUCCGAACCCCAAGAGGUACGCGUGCUCCAAGACGGGCGUGCCGCUGUGCAGCCUCGAGUGUUACAAGAGGAACCUGCAGAUCCAGAUGCCACAGAUGGUGGCUUAGAACGCAUGUGAUAAUCGGAGUGUGUGAGUUGAAGUGUGUGUGUGUGUGUGUGAGCGAGCGUGUCUCAAUUUGCAACUAAUGCAAGUGACCUAAUACGUUUGUGUGUGUGUGUGAGUGCAGGUGUGUUGAGAGUGAACCAGUAACCUGAAACGUGUGAAACAAAACAAGCUGUUUGUCUGAUGUGUGUGUGUGUGUGUGUGUGUAACAGGCAGAAUAUGGAUGAAAUGAUUAAGAGUGUGUGUAUUCACAUUACCCCAGAAGUACAUUGUUGUCCUGGUGACGUCAUCGUCCGUGUGUGUGUGUGUGUGUGUGUGUGUCUGUGUGUGCACAGACAGAGAGUCUGCUAUAUAUGUCUGUACCUGUACUCUGAACUAGAGUGCAAAUCCCAGAACUUAUUUAUCGCUGUGCUAUGGCAUUUUUGGCCAUGUUUUUUUUUUCUUAAUUGUUAUCCUGGCAAUACAAUUAUGUAUGAGAUGUAAUUCAUUUGUUGUUUUGGCAUUUAACCAGGUAGGCAAACCACAUAUUUAUUUUCUGUAUCGAGAUGCAGUGGGAGAUUUUGGCAAGAAAUCUCAAGAGAUAAAAAAAAAAAAAGAUUAUUUUUGUAAAAAGAAUGAAAUAAAGAACCUGUUUUUGUAA